GAAGUUCCUUCUACCUACAUGAAGGCGUCCCACAGUUCAACUGGAGUCUAAAGGCAGCCUCGCUCUUGCUGUGUGAACUGUCUAAAUUUUAUACACUCAGAUAGAAUUUCUAGUUUUUCUGGGAGUAUUUCCUAAUUUUUUGAAGGCCGAAGGAUUGGUUUUCUGUGGUGAGUGUGUGCCUACUAUAUGCGAGCACCUUAAAAUAUGUAUAACAGGACCAAUUAUGGAAGAUACGUUUCAUAAGAAAGUGAAAUGCAGAGUUAGUUUUACUGGAAGGAUGUGAAAACGAUUAAUACUGAAUAGUUUUUACCUUACGGGCAUUUUCCCCACUCUCAAGUUCAUUCACAUCCUGCUACCUCUCAUCUCAACAAAGCCACAGACUCUUCCUCUAUCAUGGCCUCAUCCUCAUCCACGGAUGUGGGAGAAGAAGCCACAUGCCCCAUCUGCCUGGGGUAUCUGACAGACCCUGUGACCUUGGACUGUGGCCACAACUUCUGCCGGGACUGCAUUGUAAAGUAUUUUGACACAUGGGAACCAAUGCAGGUGGGGGACUUGGAGUGUCCCGUCUGCAAAGCCCGGAUGCAGAGAGGGAAUUUCCGCCCCAAUUGGCAGCUGGCCAAUAUAGUGGAAAAAAUUAAACUCCUGCCACCAAAUAAAGAGGAAAAGGAUCUGUGUAAGAAACACAAGGAAAAACUCCACUUGUUCUGCAAAGAAGAUGAAGAAUUGGUGUGUUGGGUUUGUGAGCGAUCCCCAGAACAUAAAUCACACACUGUGGUUCUCAAGGAAGAGGCUGCCCAGGAAUACAAGACACUCAUCUGUGAUCGCCUGGAGCAUCUGAAGAGAGAGAGAGAGAAAAUUCUGCCUUAUGAAGCAAAUAUAGGAGAAGAAAGCAACAGCCUGCUUAAAUUAACAGAAACUGAGAGGCAGAAUACACUGGAGAGGUUCAAACAACUGCACCAGUUUCUGGAAAAACAAGAAAAGCAUCUGCUGAAUGAAAUAGAAGAGAUGGAGAAGGAGAUCACAAGAAGAAGGGAGGAGCAGCUGGCUCGACUCUCAGAUGAACUCUCCUCUCUUGAAAGGAGCAUCCGGGAGAUGGAGGAGAAGAGUCAGCAGCCAGCGAGUGAACUCCUGCAGGAUAUUAGAAGAACUUUGCAGAGGUGUGAGCGAAGGGGGACAUCUGGAAAUCCACUGACUUUCCCACUAGAAUUGAAGAGGGAGAUCUCAAAAUUCAGGGCUGCAAAUCCCUUUCUGUAUGUUGGGAUGGAGAAAAUAAAAGAUGCUCUGUUAUCCGGACUGCUUCAGAAAGGUAAAUUUUGGGUAAAGGACCAAAUUCAAGCAAAUGUUACUCUGGAUCCAGACACAGCCCAUCCCUGCCUCAUCCUGUCCAAGGAUCGGAAAAGUGUGAGAAGGGGAAGCAAAUGUCAAGUCCUGUCCAAUUAUCCUGAGAGAUUCAGUGACAUGCCUUGUGUGUUGGGACGUGAGGGAUUCACAGCAGGCCGACAUUUCUGGGAAGUCACUGCAGAAAGUGGAAUAUCGUGGGCUGUGGGGGUUGCCAGGAAAUCUGUGGAGAGAAAGGGCUACUUCUCCUUAAGCCCUAAGGGAGGCAUCUGGGCUGUGGGGAAGUGGCUUGACAAGUACUGGGCCUGGACAUCCCCUUAUAACUUUCCUUUGUCCCUGAGUGAGGAGCCCAAGAGGAUCCGAGUGACUCUGGACUACGAAGAGGGAUAUGUGUCUCUUUCUGAUGCAGACUCGGGAGCUGAACUCUACACAUUCUCAGGAACCUCGUUCUCUGGAGAGACCCUCCUCCCUUUCUUUUUUCUGUGGAAAAAUGAAACCCACCUCAGGAUCUCCUGUUAAGAGUAGAAUUGACAUCUUUGCAGAUGCCCUGAGGAGUCAUUCCAGUCACACUCGGAGGAAAC